AUGUCUAGUCAUUAUGAUGUGCUAGGAGUGGCCCCAAAUUCAACCACAAGUGAAAUCAAAAGGGCAUAUCGGGAAAAACUUCUCCUAACUCAUCCCGAUAAAGUUGGUGGUGAGCUUUCGACGGACUUGAUCCAACAGAUCCAAUUGGCCUACAAGGUUCUUUCUGACGAGACGCAUAGACAGGAGUAUGACGACGAGUUGGCCCGCGGGUUGCAAAAACAAGGGUUCAAUAUCAAUGGAGAAGGCUUGGAUAUCUACAGUUUAGAAGAGUUUGAAUUUGAUGAAGACGCCGUUUUGUGGCACAAGAUGUGUUGCAGGUGUCAGGCCCCAGAAGCCAUCAAGCUUGAAGAGCUGGAUCUCGAGCUUGGAACCGAUGAUGGAGAGGGAGGGUUGGAAUUGGUGGUUCAAUGUAACAGUUGUAGUUUAUGGAUCAAGGUGCGGUACAUGGAAGAGGCCGAUGAGUAG